AGGUCAACUAUAUUUGUCUAUGAUAUACAGUGACUGUUGGCGAAGAGUGUCUGUUUUGUCCGUAUUUUGCUUUAAUUUUACGGCCAUGUGUGGUGAUAAUUACGUGUUUAAUAAAAUUUCUAGUGAUGAUAUCCACCACUGCAAACAGUAAAGUAAAAGCCCCCAAGGGAACGGAGUGUGUGGACGCUCCGGAUAGGGAUGAAAUUGUACAAGAAAACACGGACGAUAAGGUCAGAGGUUAUGUUGGUGCGUACGAUGCAUCCUCGUCAUUUGGCGGACCGUCCAGAGAUGGCAGGUAUCGGUCCCGAGGUCGUGUCACCGAGUUCAGGCCGUCUCGAGGCGGUGGACGAGGAGGACGAGGUCGCGGCGGAUUCCCGCCCCGUGGAGAUCGUGAGCCCCUAGACAACUCAUUCAAAUAUCACGAAACGCUAAACCAGUCCUCGAACGAUACCUGGGCCCAGGGGAAUAGCAGCAACAAGUUCUAUGAACGUCCAGAAUUGGUUGUCAAUCUGCCCGAGGACCCUCGUAUCUCUAAGCUGUUGCGUCGCCUAUGCGCUGAAGUGGACAUGGAAAAAUCACUGGUAAUAUGCAGCAAACUCCAGGAUGCCGUCAUGCUGCCUGAAAAUUCUCGAUACAUACGACGUUCAUACGACAUUUUAGUGGAAUCACUAUUGGAUGUACUGUAUGAUGCCCCUGGUCCUGAGACAAAAGAAGGUGCAUCUGUAGUUCUUGGAAGGAUUGGUUAUGUCAUGGGACCUGAUUUCAGGAAACAUUUGGAAUGGGUUGCUGCUAGUUAUGCAGUCCACAACACUUCCAUCAAACACUAUCUAACACUUUCAUUUACAGAGACAUUUCAACUGGAUUAUCAAACUCCACAUUUAGCUGACUUUGCUGAAAUAACUUUAGACAGGCUCCAGACUAUCAUUGAAGGUACUGACUCAGCUGAUGUGUUCAUGUGUGCUAUAAAUGCCAUGAUUAUCCUAUCAAAUUCGUACCCAGAACAUUUUGCAAAUCAUUUUGUGGACACUGUAGAUAUACUUGUUGGAUGGCAUGUGGAUAAUGCGCAGCCCAAGAAAAUUAAAGAUUUUGCUCUACAGUCAUUACUUAAACUGAGUCGACACUGGCAGGCUGAUGUAGGAUUCUCUGUCAACCUCUUAAAUCAGUUUGUGGAAGAUAUGGUGGCAUAUUCUACAGAAAUGGAACCAAAUCGCACUGAAAAGCAAAAUGAUGCCACCACUCCAGAAGACUGCAUGCUCAAGAUAACAUCUUUUUUGAAUGUUUUCAAUACUGUUGUUAAGAGUUUAGGGACCCUGUUGAGUCCUACAGUGUCACAGAUUGUUUCCUGGUCAUUUCUCAGUGAAGCAUUUACAAAAAUUUUGCAAGUUUUGUCUAAGACUAUGAAAAAUGAUGCUGAAGCUGACCUUAUACUGGCAGGUAAUGAAUGCAUUGCUUUACUCUUGAAGUAUUUACAGUCAAAGUCUUCAUCUUGUUCUCCAGCCCUGUUUGCCUUGAUAUCUAAGGAGAUGACCAACUUUUUGCAAGGGGAGGAAAGCGUUAGUCUCAGCAUUAUUGACUUGGUAUCCACUGUUAUUAAGGAAAUAGCAUCCAACUUGCCGAUUGAGUUCAUUUCACAAACAAUCGGACCUGAAUCACUUUUACGGCCACUACGUUACUCAGACAGUUCUCCCAUUUUAAACAGUGUUUUGUCAGUUUACAGUAACUUACUCAAUUUGAAAAACAUUCCACUUUUGCAAGAAACAUACAAAUAUGUUUUGACAGAUAUCCAAAACUCUUAUUCAGUUAUAAUACCGGACAUACAAAUUAUAAAACCAGAUUAUCAAGAAGAAGUUGAUAAAGAUAAUGCAGAGAAAAAUGUAAUAUUUUAUCUACAAUGUUUGUCAGAGCUGGCAAAUGCAAGUAAUUCUAUUAUUGGUAUGUGGGCCUUACAGCCUAGCAUUCUAGAACUAUUAGCCAUAAAGAUGUGCCCUCAUGCUGAAAAACUAAUUAAGGAAAAGCCAGCUCUUCAAUAUUCUGUACUGUACUUGCUUUACUCACACUGUAAAAAAAAUAAUCAUUUCAUUGCUUCUAGUGAUUUGGUUACAAAUACCCAGCAACGAGCCAAUGAUAUCUUUGGCCUAUCUAAUCUGAGCCUCGGUGAUGUAUCCAGCUCCAGCCCCACAUCUGGUCAUUUGGCUGUUAUUCUCAAUACUCUAAGCAUGGUAUUGGACGAAGAGGCCUCAAAGGAAACUUUAAUAUUGGUUCUCAAUUGGGUAUCUGAUAUAUUUUGCCAGUUAGACAAAUAUUUACCCAUAGUCAGCAUGUCGAAAGGAUUUUUUGUUCUAACAACUAAUAUGUUAUCAUUGGCAUAUAAUUUUGAUGAAGAAAUUGUUUUGCUUGUAAUGAAAAAUUCACAACAUUUACUGAAAAACAAAACUCUCACUUGGAAUGUUAUGGUAUUGAAAACAAUAGCAGUACUUUGUAUAUUACACAUUGACAAUCAAAAUAAAACAUUGUCCAAUGUUUGUAAAGAUGUGCUAUUUGACUUACCUUGGGACAUAGUACAGUUGGAGCUUGACAAACAAUUAGUGAAAGUGUUCACUGCAAGGAAGAUGAGUUUGAAUAUACUCAAUAGUGACACCAAGGCCAAUUCUUUUAAAGAGUAUCUAAUGCAUGGAUCCUUUUCGGUACUUUCAAACCAGCAUUUUAAACUAAUAAUGAACUGUCUUCUUCAAGCCACAAUGGAGGAUAAAAAAGCUUUAGUAGAUGCAUUUUUAACGUCAUGGCCUUUACAAACACCUGACAUUGAUGAAAAUAACAUAUUAUUCUUUCGACAAUGUGCUAUGAGUUUCUCAUCUAUUUGUGUAGGUUGGGCACUUUCAGAACUGGCUCAAACUUGUGUGUCUUUAAAGUUACGAACUAUUCUUGGCAAACCACACGAGACAUUCAUGAGAAUUGAAGGAGCAUUAAAAGGAAUAGCCAGAGAGAUAUCUUCUCAUGAAACUAAAUAUGUAGGUAAUGAUCAACAAACUGUUGUGGAAGUUGUCACAUUAGAACAAACAAGGACACGUUGGAUCACAGAGUUUAUGAUGUUCUUAGAGAAAUACAUUUACAACGCUGCUGAGGGCACUGCUAUAGUACUGCCAGCUGUUACUAAGCCUGUAAAAACAUUUUUCCAUACGAACUGGCCGACUUGUCGGGAGUGGUUGACCCGAGUUCGUCCCGCUGCGCUUGCAGUCAGCUUACACGCAGGACAUUUCGGCGCUGCCAUCUACCAUGCUUCCCUCAUACUGCAAACAGCCGCUAAUUCUAACACCAAUAUAGACGUCGAAGCGAUUGCGAUCAGCAUUGCCAGGGCCCUUAUCAAGAUCGAGGAGCCAGAAGUGUUACUUGGUUUAUAUGUGUGGAUCAAACAAAACUUUGAUAAGAAGUUAUUCUGGCUUAAAGGAGCUGCUGAACAGGCCAAUUCUAAACAUGAAUUAGCCAUAGAGUACUAUAAGAAAAUAAACAGCUUAAGUCCUCAGGAAGAAUCGAAGGAAUUUGAAAUAGCGUCGCAAGCAGACACGAGGAGUAACAGAUUCAUCGACGAGCAAAUCAUGGAAAGUUAUAAACACAUACAAAGCUGGGAAGAUAUGCAAGAAUGGAUAGACAAAGAUCAAUUUAACGCAAAUAGUUCACAGUGGAACUGUUUAUCGUCGUUGAAGUUUUUCGAAGAUUCUACAGAAAUUCCGGAAGAACUCGUAAACUGGGAUAUACUUGAUAGUGAAGCAAACGAAAUCCCCAAGAACGUGUGCUCCUAUCAAGGCCUCUUGAAUAAAAUUGAAUUGACUCUUAUGUGCACUGCAGUCAAGAUGUACAAUAGUGAUUACAAUGAUAAAUAUGAGAACUUGUUAAAACAAUGUGACUUGUUGCUCAAAUCACAAGCAGAAGAAUUCUCCAGAACGAAUGCUGUACAUUUCUUAAAAGAGGUGGCAGUCUUACAGUUAGCUAAUCAUGGCUUAACUAACAUUGUAAAGAGCGGAAAGCUUAUUACUAAUCCGUUUAAACCAUCGACAGUAAAGGAGUAUAAGUACGGAACUGAAUUUAAAAACUUAAGCAGAAUAUUAUGGUGGAACCAAUAUUUCACUAAACUGAAUAUGACAGAAGAAAAUGUAUUUUAUGCAGAAUGCCUUCGGCUAGAUGUAAUCAAAAGUGCAAGGAAAAACGCAAACCUAAUCAUGGCCAAGAGAGAACUCUUAAAUCAUUUUAAACAAAAUUCAGCUUUCCAAAUGUGUUUGGGACAAGUUAAUAACUUGGAUGACUUAAGCGAAGCACUUCUUUUAUCUACUAAUACUUACGACCUUGAAAUUUGGACUCUUAACAACGCUACUGCAUUGGCUGAGCUUUGUAAAUUGACUUAUGUAAAAGAAGAAACUAAAAUACGCGCUGUCAAUCUUUGUGCGAGCAUUUCGUAUGGAUUUUCUCAGAGAUUAGCAAUGGGUGAACAAAAUUAUGAAUUGAGAGAAAAAGGUACUAGACUGCUGCUCACUUUGUCCAAAUGGGUCCAAAGCGAGACUGAGAACAUCUUGGACGUGGACUCACCCUUGCUCAAACUAGUAUCGGUUCUACCAGAAAUUGGACUGGUGGAUAACAACAUAUCAGAGAAUGUUAUUCCGGUGUCGGACUCAGCCGUUGGUAAAUUACUACAAUUUGGAGUUAAUCAAUGCCCUGGGUUGGCUAAAGCUUGGGCCAAUUUUGCUGCUUGGUGCUUCAGGUGGGGUCGAAAAAUGGUUGAAUUCAGUUCUAAAACUCGAGAACAGUUGACAGAAAAUGACAAAUUACAGAUAGAGAGCGUUAUGAUUGGAUGUGCACCUCAAGACUUUGAAGCAGUUUGUGAAAUAUUAUCUAAAACAAAAGCUACUUGCGAUGAUGAAGAUAUUGAUUGGAACGAAAUCAACACUUCCGAAAUGAUAGAGAGUCAGCUUCGAACUGUACCGUCUUUGAGUAAUGCUUUCCCUGAACACCUUGCAUUGUUGGUGGACAUUUGGCGCCAAGCGCAAAAGCGAGUGUUUUCUUACUUCGAACUCUCGGCAGAUGCUUACUUCAAAUUUCUACAACUGAUUUGUGCAUCAGACUAUAUAAACCAUAGUGGAGAAAAUGCGGUUGUUAAUGCCACACUGAGACUGUUACGUUUGAUUGUAAAACAUGCUAUGGAAUUGCAGACAGUUUUAGAAUCUGGAUUAGCAAACACUCCCACUCAGCCUUGGAAAGUAAUUAUUCCCCAAUUGUUCUCCCGUCUCAACCACCCGGAAACUUACGUGAGAAAGUGUGUAUCUGACUUGUUGUGUAGAUUGGCAGAAGACACUCCGCAUUUAAUCACUUUCCCAGCAGUUGUUGGCGCAGUGGAAAAUGAACAGAAAGAUUUAAUAGAAUUGAAUGUUGCAAGAUCCUAUUUGUGUAAUGUCGCAAGCAGUGGUGAAGAUAAUCUCGAUGUAGAAGACAAUCUCAGCGAUAAAGUAAUCAAUAAUGAACUCAAUUCUUGUUUCUUGGAUAUGGUAGAAACCCUUGCGAAACAAGCACCGAAAACUAUUUUGCAGGUGAAGCUAUUAGUCAAAGAGUUACAAAGAAUUAAUUUGCUCUGGGAUGAGCUAUGUCUGGGUACUUUAGUUCAACAUCACUCUGAAUUUACAAAGCGACUUUCACAGUUGGAGAUGGAAGUAGCGAAAGUAAAAAAUAAUCCUCAUUUGGCUGCCGAAGAUAAAGAAAAACUUAUCAAAGAGAAACAUCGCAUUAUAUUUGAACCAAUUGUUUGUGUGUUGGAGCAAUUGCAUCAAGUGACUUCAGCAAACCCAGAGACACCGCACGAAGUGUCUUUCCAAAAUAAAUUCCAGUCCCUUAUCGCGGAUGUUAUAGAGAAACUGAAGAACCCCGCGAAUCCAGAUAAACCACAGGACUCAUGGGCACCAUUGAAACAACUACAAAUAAAAUUGCAGCAAAAAGUAAAUAAAAGAACGUCUUAUAUUUUGAAAAUGUCUGACAUUAGUCCUGUUUUAGCAGAACUAAAUAAUACCGUGAUCACCAUGCCAGGAGUACAUACGAAUCAGCGAGCUGUAAGAGUUACGAUCAAAGCAGUGGAAAAUAAUGUAGCUAUAUUGCCUACAAAGACUCGGCCAAAAAAACUUGUCUUUUACGGGUCGGAUGGGAAGGCUUACACGUAUUUGUUCAAAGGAUUGGAAGAUUUACAUCUAGACGAGAGAAUCAUGCAGUUGCUAUCUAUAACUAACACCAUGAUGGCCAGGGAUUCUGAAAACAAUGACAACCAAACUUAUAGAGCGCGCCAUUACUCUGUAAUACCUUUGGGUCCUCGAUCGGGAUUGAUUAGUUGGGUAGAUAAUGUGACGCCUUUGUUUGCAUUGUACAAACGUUGGCAAAACCGUGAAGCUGCUAUAUUAUCGGCUAAAACCAACAAGACAGUGAAUGUGUUGCGACCGUCGGAGCUGUUCUACAACAAGCUAAAUCCUUUGUUGAAAGAAGCUGGAAUAUCAACAGAGAAUAGAAAAGAAUGGCCUGUAUCGAUAUUGAAGCAAGUUCUGCACGAGUUGUCGACGGAGACCCCGCGCGACUUACUGUGGAGAGAGUUGUGGUGCAGCAGUGUAAGCCCUGAGCAGUGGUGGCAGAUGACGCGUCGGUACAGCUACUCGGUGGCCGUGAUGAGUACGAUAGGCUAUAUAAUCGGGCUAGGUGACAGGCACUUGGACAAUGUUUUAGUGGACCUUACUUCUGGUGAGGUGGUGCAUAUAGACUAUAACGUGUGCUUCGAGAAGGGCAAGACGCUGCGUGUGCCAGAGAAGGUGCCGUUCCGGAUGACACCCAACUUGGUGACUGCGCUCGGCGUGACUGGAGUCGAGGGUAUAUUCCGGCUGGCGUGCGAGCACGUGCUGCGCACCAUGCGGCGUGGCCGCGAGACGCUGCUGACGCUGCUGGAGGCGUUCGUGUACGACCCGCUGGUGGAGUGGGGCGGCGCCGCCGGCUCCGCGGGCAAGCGCCGCUGCACCGCGCGCGACGUGCGCGCAGCGCUCGCCAUGAUGGCGGUGCGCGCGCAGGAGCUGGCGCAUCACUUCACUGAAGUCACAGAACAAUUCCUGGCUGUACUGCCCGAUAUCAAGCAGUGCGCCGAGAAGUGGCUGAAGGAAAACGAUGAGCUGAAAUCAGUAGAGACUCGCUUGCAGGACUGCCACCAGCAGAUGGCUCUGAUUAAGGAAAUAGAAGCGUAUGGGCCAAAUCUAAACAGCCACCCGUUGUACGCGAUAUCUCAGAAGUACUCCUCUUACAAGCAAGCGAAGAACGCCGUGGAGGACUCGAUGAAGGCGCUAGUGAAGAUACUUAACGAAUUUGAUACUCAGAUAGAAAACUUCGCAGCCACCACAGAAGCUAUCAACGGUCCGCAACUAAUGGCGUGGGUGCAAGAAUUCUCCGGCACCGACGAAGAGGAACAACCGAUAUUCGAACAUAUAAAAGACUUCCUUACUAACGCUGGCCAAGCAGCCAUGAUAUCGCAAUGCGAACAAGCUGAGACCGAACUGUAUCAAAGCAUGAAGCAGACCCACCACCUCGUCAGGUCCUGCCUCGAACUACUCUCGCAGUACGUGGCAGUGUCGCAGUAUUACCCGCAGAGUCACACCGAGUACCACCGCGUACUCGUGUUUAGGAAGUUAGUAGCUGCAGCCCUGGAGAGCAAGUCUCCCGAAGUGUGUCGCGACGUAGCUAACCAAGUGGCAGCCCUGAUCAAUGCUGAGAACAACAAGGGUGACACAUCGCAGCAGAUCAUUAAUUAUAACUACCGUCUGCAAAAUAUGAACGCUGAAGCGAAUGCCAAUUUGACCAAAGCUAUAGAAAGACUGCAGUUGGAAGGUGGCCCUGAUGCGCUGGCCUUGGCUCAAGAAGCAUACAGAGAGGCCAAAACUAAUAUUAGUAACUGGGUGAGGGCAGAGGAAGGCGCAGGAGAGGCGCUGGAGUGUGUCGUCAUCGGCAUGCUCUGCAACCUGAACAGGAGGUACCUCAUGCUGGAGAAUGGUGCCCAGAGCGCAGGGGAUUGUCUCGUGGACUUGACAUCUAGAGAGGGAGAGUGGUUCCUGGACGACAUGAGCACGUUGUCCAUGCAAGCGGUCGAGCUGCUCUCUUUGCUGCCUUUACAAUCCGCGUCGGCCGAAGACGCCGCCAUGCCAGUCGCCGUAGAGUGCGUCCGGAACGCGAACCUGCUCCUAGCCGACCUGGUGCAACUGAAUUACAACUUCAGCACCAUCAUACUGCCCGAAGCGCUGAAGAAGAUACACUCCGAAGACCCGUCUGUGCUAUUGAUGAUCAGCGAGCUGAACGCAGUGAUCAUGAACUCCCCGGUGCCACUCAACGAGCUGCUGUCGCAGUUGGAGCUUCAUCUUAGAUACUUGGUUAUGGAUAUGGAGUCUCCUGCCAGCUCGGCGCCCCUGCUAGCCGCCGAGGUACGGUCGCGGUACGAGGCCCUCCUGUCGGCGCCCGCCAGUGAGGCGGAUGGCCAGUCCUCCGGCCGCAUGUUGCUGAUGGGCUUCAACGGACUCUUCGCGGCCGUAGAGCUGCGCGCCAGGGAGUUGGCUGAUCACCUCGCGAUACCUAUCCCUCCCGCAUGGAGGAAGAUCGAUCAUAUCAGCGAAUCAAUGCACAUGUCGGCGGCGCUGCAGAGCGGUGCGGUGCGCGCCGUGCUGGAGGAGGUGUUCCUGGUGCGGCGCGUGCAGACCGUGGCCGAGGUGUUCGCCAUGUGCGCGCAGAUGGGCUGCGCCUUCAACGGGACCGGCCCGCCCACCCUCUUCGACGACACCGCGCUCUGCAAGCCGGUCCGGAGGUUCACGGCGGAGUACGUGUCCCGCUGCGUGCUGGGCGUGCAGUCGAAGGCGCUGGCCAGCGUGCUGUGUCUGCUGCUGCGCCGCGCCAGCCUCGACCUGCACGCCGAGGUCGAGCAGAAGGAAAUCGGUGCAUCGUGGAGCGUGUCCCUGGAGUCGCUGUGCGAGAAGGCGCGGCGGCGCUGCGCGGGUGGCGCGGGGCGCGAGCGGGGCGCGGGGCUGGCGCGGGCGCUGCACGGCGCGCGCGGCCGCCUGGCGCGGGCUGCGCGCGCGCACACCGAGCACGCGCGCCGCGCCGCCAUACUGCACCGCGCGCGACUCACGCACGCCGCGCACACGCAGCUGCACGCUGAAGUACUGGGCGCGGGGCUGGGGCCAGGGUUGGGCCCGGGGCCGGAGCCCGGGGCGGCGCUGGCGCGGCGCGGCCGCGACCUGGCGGCGGCGCGGGACCGACUGGUCGCCGCCAGCACCAAGGCACACACACUGCUCACUUCCGCACACCAGAGAGUGAAGUGGGGUGCGGGCGCUAACCCGGCGCUGGCGGGCGUAGCUGCCGCGCUGUGGGCGGCGGGGAGUGCGGCGGCGCGGGCCUCCGCGCUGUCUACCGCGGCCGCCGCGCUGGCUGCGCACGCGCAUGUCGCCGCCGCACUGCGGGCUCCGCGCGCACCGCCACGCCACUACGCGCAGCUUACUACUGCACUUGCGCAUUGGGAGAAGGCAUGUACCCUGGCACAGAAGUACUCGCUGAAGGUGUCCCCGGUGGAGGAGUCACUCAUGGAGAUGUUACAUCCAGAGGGAAACAUUGACACACAAUGGGUGGACAACGUGUCGGCCCUGCUCCGCGAGAUGAUAUCGUCCCUGAGCGGCGAGAGCGCGGCGCUGCGCACGCGCAUGCGCGCGGCGGGCGACGAGCUGCGGUUGGCCGCGGGCCGCGCCGCGCCCGCCGCCGCCGCGCGCGCCUCCGCACUCGCAGACCUGCGCGCGCCGCUCGCACUGCUCGCCGCCGUCAACGACGGUAACAACCCGGCGACGGAGUUCCUGUCCCGCGAGAAGACGGUGAGCGAGCACAUAUCGGCGCUGACGGCGCUGGCCCCGGGCCGCGACGCGGAGCCCCACGUGGGCGCCGCCUGCACCGCCGCCGCGCACCUACUCGACACGCUCGCCGCGCACCACGACGCGCUGCAGCAACUACACACCAACUGGCCGUCGGAGCCCAGCGGCCGCCGCCUCGCCCGCCAGCCCGCGCUCGGGGCCGCGGGCAAGCCCACCACCAGGCAGGGAGGAGAACGCAACGCGGUGGGGGCCGGCGUGUGGAAGCGGGUGCGGCUGAAGUUGGAGGGACGGGACGACACGCUCGGCCGGGACACCGCGCCCGCGCGGGACUCGAGCUCCGCCCGGGAGGCCGGCCGGGAGCCCGGGGGCAGGCGCCUGGCGCUGCACGAGCACGUGGACGCCGUGAUCCGAGACGCCGUGAGCUGGGGGAACCUGUGCCACAUGUACGAGGGCUGGAUGGCCUGGGUCUGAGCCCCCCGCCGCCGCCGCCCGCUGCGCCUGCGCCUCCCGGCCCGUGCGCCCGCGGACGUCGCCAGCUCGCGCCCCCGCGCCCCGUAGUGCGCCCCCGCGCACUGCGCCCCGUCGGCCCGCAGCCCGGCCCGCGCCCCGACAAACACCGGUCGCUCGGUUUUGGAUCGCGUUUUUACUAGUUUUAUCGUUUUGUUCGUUUCGGUCAGCUAUGGGCGCUGUCGGCUCGGGCCGUCCUAGGGUAACAUAUUGGUUUCGUUGAAGCCGCUCGCUCGCUCGCUCGCGCGGCGCCGGCGACCAUCGGCCGGGGGCGGCGCCCGAGGCCGAGUCGGGCGCCGCCCGCCGCGCGAGCUCAGUCUCUCGGCGUAGUGUCACUGGUGUCUGGGGCCCCGGCUCGCCGGGGAGUCGCCUGUUUCGACCAUCGUAUCACUAACAUGACGCAGUCCUUGACACCCGACUUCUAUAUAAUAUUACAGAAACAUAGUUGUUACUUCGAGUACGAUACCGAUCUGGUGUUAUGUUCGAGUAAACUUAAGUAAAUGUUGUUUGUUAUACCCGUGCAAUAGCGUGUUUAUUUAAAUAAACAUCUUCAAGUCGAGGCGACAAAAUUUUACAUUUAUGUGACGAUAUUGGCGUACAAAAUUUAUUUGUAGCUCGUAUGUAAUACUUUUAAUAUAAAAAUAUAUAAAAAAACCAAAAAAAAAGAAUUAAGAUAACGACUCGAUCAGUGCAGAAUGGAAAAUACUGAUAUAUUCAUUUUUCUUUCGUAGAAGUAAUUCGAACGACGACGUACAACGUACGACUACUCUGAAGUAUCGAGCACUAGUGCCGCUCUGUGUCUAGGUUUAUAUUCCACGUACUAGCAGUUUACAUAGAAAACUGAAUACAUAGAAUUUUUUCUGCACGUCUCUCGCUAGCUUCAAUAUCAACGUAUUCAUAUAAACAAACAUUAACUGUGCUGCAGUAUAUUCUAACGCAUAAAUGUAUCUUAAUGUAGAAUUAAUUUAGUUUACUCAUUUCCUGUCCAACUUGCAAUGUAUUACGAAAUAGGCGUCAUCCACUUACUGUAAUACUAUAACUAUGUGUUUAUCUUUCAGAAUUUAUUUUCGAGUAAUAAUAUCAUCUUUGUAAUUUAACACCUUAUGUACUGUUCUAUAAUGUCCUUUUGUAAUGUAAGUCACCAACCGUGUUGCUCCUACUGCUCAUAGCAUCAACUUAUGCCUCAACUAGUACAUGCAGGUGGGUGACGCCAUAGUACGAUCACUUUUAAUUUAUAAAUAUUCUUUCUGUAUUCAUAUUCGUAUGCAGAAGUAUAAAUCGCAAAUUAACUGUGUGUAAAACCAACCAAUUUACUAGCUUGCAAUCAGAAAUUAUUCCAAAUGUUAAUUAUUCAACCUAUAAUCAUACCUACUGUGUGUAGAUCAUGGAUAUGUAAUAAUUCAUAAACAUAAAUCAAGAUUUUCGAUCAUAAAUUCAAAAAAAGUGUAACUUUAAUCUGAAAAUGAGGUUUUUAAACAACAAAAAUUUUGUAUGAUACAAUAAAUCUGUUGAGUACAGAAUCCUGUGCCGAUAUGUUGUAGUUUGUCUAUCAGGGAAUGAGUAUUUAGUAACAUAAUAUAUUAUAUAUCGCAACGCAUUAUGUAACCCUCACGCGCGCCUGUGUGUGUGGGAGCAAGCAGAGCCAAUGGCCGAGUGUUUGUAACGGUGGAUGCAUUACAUAGCACUAACUAUUCGCACACCCUCAUUAUAUUCUACAUAGAAAACACUUAUAUAGUAAGUGUUAGAUAUUUGUCACUGUAUCGGACGAUAAUAGUGUAGCAACGCGAAUGUAUACCCUGGCUCCAUAAAUAUAAGUAAAUUAGAUGUAAACAUGUGUGAACUGUAAGUGUCACAGCAAUCUGGUCGUUUGGUAGUAAAUAGUCGCUCAUAGAGUAAUUGGAUAUCACUAUAGCAGUGGAUGUUGUGUACCGAUACAUACGUAUUAUGUAAUCGACCGCGUGUAGUCGUCCCCCACAUAAUAUAAUGUACCAUGUCUACCUGUUAUCUAGUCUCCUGUCUGAACCGUAGCAAUGCAUCCAUCGAUUUCUGUUUGUAUCGCUUCAUAUUAAAAUAAAUGGUGUAUGUAGCAAA